AUGGAUUAUCGAAGAGACGGCCUCGGUGGCGUAGAGGUGGAGGAGCAGCUGCUGCAAUUUGAGCAAGCGAUAGACGACCUGAGGGAGGCCGUCCGUCAGCUUGCUUCGAAUCCGCUGACAAACAGUCAGGAUCGACAAAAGCACAUAAUUCAAAUAAAUAAGCUUAAACAAGAGGCGACAGUUUGCAUGCGUUCCUUGGCGUUGGAGCUGCGAUGUUCGUCAUCUGUGUUGAGUCCGGAAGCUAUCUCACGCCUGGUGCGGCGCCAGCAGCUGCUGCAGCAACAGUUCAAAGAAGUGGCCGCCGAAUGUGAAGAGCAGCUGCUGUCCGUAAGCAAAGACGAACUGCUGCAACGCUAUGACAGAGCCCAUGAACAACCACAAGAAGAAGCAACAGAGGCGUGCCCGCAACAACAACGACAACAACUAAUCACGCUGGGCGACGAAAUCCAGGACCAAACGGAGCUGAGCCUGGCGCGGACGCAGCAGCAGGCUGCGGAGACGGAGGAGAUGGGGGGGGCCAUACUGCAGCGGCUGCAACAGCAGAAUGAGCAACUCGACAGCGUGAAGGACGGCCUGGAGAACGUUGAAUGCACGGAGCAAGUGGCUCAGUUGCAGCAGCCAGGAGGCCACUGCUCAUCGGCAGUUCAGAAGACCUGGGAGGCACGUACGGAAGAACACUUCAUGAACUCGCAGCUGUUUUCUGUAGGCGAGAGCGUCGGCCCUUCUUCCUGGGCGAGGGAUACGACGCUGGGGUAG